GUUGGUCGAAUUCAGCAAUACUGUAGCAUCGCUUCGCGAUACUCGCCUCAGUUCACUACAACACUGCAUCAUCUGGGUUCGUGAAAUAUAAAAAGGAAUGAUUAUUAGUGUGAUAAUAAAUUAGACGCGUGUUGUUUGCCUGUGUCGUUUAUUCGGAAACCAGUUCAUCAAUAUGUGCGGAAUCUUUGCUUACUUGAAUUAUCAUAUGCCAAAGAGUCGUAAAGAAAUUCUCGAUUUGUUGGUAACCGGUUUGAAACGACUUGAAUACAGAGGAUACGAUUCUGCGGGUUUAGCUUUAGAUUCACCCGAUGGCCAUAACAUAAAUAUAAUUAAGAAAUCGGGAAAAGUUGCAGCCCUCGAACAGCAAAUUCUCGAAGAUGAGGAUAAAACCAACUUCGAUAUCAUUGUGGCCUUUCACGUUGGAAUAGCGCAUACCCGUUGGGCUACUCACGGAGUACCGAGUGAGGUGAACUCGCAUCCUCAGCGCUCCGAUUCAGACAAUUCGUUCUGCGUCGUUCACAACGGAAUCGUCACCAAUUACAAGGAACUUAAAGCUUUUCUCAUCCGCAAAGGAUACGAAUUCGAAUCGGAUACCGAUACCGAAGUCAUCGCGAAAUUAGUCCAUCAUAUUUACAAACAGCACCCGUCCUACUGUUUUCGAGAACUUGUUGAACAAGUUAUACAACAACUGGAAGGAGCUUUCGCGCUAUGUUUCAAAAGCCACCUGUACCCGGGAGAAUGUGUCGCUACAAGAAGAGGAAGUCCCCUACUGGUCGGUAUCAAAACCAACACCAGAUUAGCUACCGAUCACGUACCAGUCUUCUACAGCAAAGAUGCAGAAUCUCACUCUCUCACAGACACAAGAAGAGGAAACGAGCUUUCGAUAUUCUCACGUUACGAUACAUCGGAAAUCGAGCCGCUGGAAAAUAAAGAAAUCGAAUACUUUUUCGCUUCGGAUGCGAGUGCCGUUAUAGAGCACACCAAUCAAGUCAUCUUUUUAGAAGACGACGAUGUAGCCGCCAUUAAAGACGGUCUAUUGAGCAUUCACAGACUGAAACGUAAUGUAGACGAUUUACACGCCCGAGAAAUCACCACCUUGAAAAUGGAAAUUCAACAAAUAAUGAAAGGUAAUUACAAUUCGUUCAUGCAAAAGGAAAUCUUCGAACAACCCGAAUCGGUAGUUAACACGAUGAGAGGCAGAGUAAAUUUCGAAACUUCUCAAGUCGUUCUGGGAGGCAUCAAAGAUUAUAUUCCGGAAAUUCGAAGAUGUCGCAGACUGAUGCUGAUAGGCUGCGGUACCAGUUACCAUAGCGCCAUCGCUACUCGUCAGUUACUCGAGGAAUUGACCGAAUUACCAGUCAUGGUCGAAUCGGCUUCCGAUUUCUUGGACAGGAACACGCCGGUGUUCAGAGACGACGUUUGUUUCUUCAUCUCGCAAUCUGGCGAAACUGCCGACACGUUGUUAGCUUUGAGGUACAGUAAACAACACGGAGCUCUGAUCGUCGGCGUCACCAAUACCGUAGGAAGUUCCAUUUGUCGAGAAUCCCAUUGCGGUAUACAUAUCAACGCUGGUCCUGAGAUAGGUGUCGCGUCAACCAAAGCUUACACAUCGCAGUUCAUUUCUUUGGUUAUGUUCGCUUUGGUCAUGAGCGAGGACAGGAAAUCUAUGGAGAAAAGACGAGACGAAAUUAUCGCCGGCUUGAAAGAAUUACCAGAAAAAAUUCGAUCCGUUUUGGACAUCGACUCCAAAGUUCAGACCAUAGCGUCGGAUUUAUACCAGAAAAAAUCGCUUCUCAUUAUGGGCAGAGGUUAUAAUUACGCUACUUGCAUGGAAGGAGCGCUGAAAGUUAAAGAACUAACGUAUCUGCACAGCGAAGGUAUCAUGAGCGGAGAACUCAAACACGGUCCGUUGGCCCUAAUCGAUAAAGCAAUGCCGCUAAUUAUGAUCAUAACUCGGGACCCGGUAUAUACAAAAUGCGUAAACGCUUUGCAACAAGUGACAGCUCGAGAAGGCAGACCGAUAGUUAUUUGCGAAGACGGCGACGAAGAGACUAAAAGUCUAGCUUGGAAAACUAUCGAAGUUCCUCACAUCGUCGAUUGUCUUCAAGGCAUCUUGACGGUAAUUCCGAUGCAACUGUUAUCCUACCAUAUCGCCGUUUUACGAGGAUGUAACGUCGACUGCCCGAGAAAUUUGGCGAAAUCCGUUACUGUCGAGUAGAGCCCUUAUUUUAAUUGGUUUAUUUUGCCGUUGAACGAAAACCGAGAACCGUGAAAAUGCGCUUUAAUCGAGCGAAAAAUCAAACACAUCAAUUUAUAAAUACAAAAUGAUCUCUUUAGGAACUUUUGUGACCGCAGGAUGUUGUUAAUUGUUACGCCACACUUUGCAUUCCGAGUUACUAAUGCGAACCUUUGAAAAUCAUCCAUUGUUAAUAUAUCUAAUUUGUAUUCGAGUAUAUUUUUUUAUACAUUUUUAUUAUUGAGUUUUUCUUUUUUUAUACACUACCAUUAUUGUAAUAAAAUAAUUUGCUUUCGGGUUUUUUA